AAUAACAGGAUUCGACAGAUCUCUCUCGAACCACCACCACCAGCAGCAGAAGAAGGAACUCGCGAUAAAAAAAAAAAAAAAAAACCCAAAUCCUUCCCCCUCGUCGUCGUCGUCAAUGGCGUCUUCUUCUUCGCCGCAACGCCAUUCUUCUUGACCUUCCAUCUCGCAGAGCAGCGCUCGCGCCCCCUAGAGAGAGAGAGAGAAAGAAGAGAGAGAGAGAGAGAUGUUGGGGGGACUGUACGGGGACCUGCCGCCGCCUUCCUCCGCCGACGACGAGAACCCUAGCGGCGCCAACCCCGCCUCCACCGUCUGGUCCAGCAGCGCCAAGUUCGCCCCGCCCGCCCUCCGCAAGCCCUCCCGCCCCCAGACCAUCCUCCGCCCCCCGCCCAAGCCCAAGCCCCCGCCUCCGGCCCCGCCGCCGCCCCCGAAGCCAGCCGCCGCGUCGCUUCCGCUUCCGCCGCCGCAGGAUGACGCCGCGGCGGCGCAGCCCGCGCUGGUCGGGGUGACGUCGACGAUCGUGGAGGAGUACGACCCCGCGAGGCCGAACGACUACGAGGAGUACCGGAGGGAGCGGAAGAAGAGGGCGGCGGAGGCGGAGCGGAGGAGGGAGCUGGAGAGGAGGAGGCAGGAGGAGGAGGAGGAGAGGGAGAGGAGGGAGAGGGAGGAGCGGGAGAGGGAUCGGGAGAGGGACCGGAACAUCUCGGGCGAGGAGGCGUGGAAGCGGCGGGCCGCGAUGAGCGGGGCGGGGGCGCCGGCGCCGGCGCCGGCUCCGAGGUCGCCAUCGCCGCCAGGGAGUGCGGACGGGUUCACCAUUGGGAAGUCGGAGACGCCGGGGUUGGGCGUGGGCGCGGGGGGUCAGAUGACGGCCGCACAGAGGAUGAUGGCGAAGAUGGGUUGGAAGGAGGGGCAGGGGCUUGGGAAGCAGGAGCAGGGGAUCACGACGCCGCUGAUGGCGAAGAAGACGGAUCGGAGGGCCGGAGUCAUCGUGAAUGCAAGUGAAUCGAAGCCAGAGAAGAAGGUGAAGAGUGUCAAUUUCAAUGGCCAGCCGACUCGGGUUUUGAUGCUCAGAAACAUGGUGGGUCCUGGCGAGGUAGAUGAUGACCUAGAAGAGGAAGUCGCAUCAGAGUGUGCAAAGUAUGGCACUGUUACUAAGGUUCUUAUAUUUGAGAUAACAGAACCAAACUUUCCCGCCGAGGAAGCAGUCCGGAUUUUUGUGCAAUUUGAGAGAGCGGAAGAAACAACCAAAGCACUUGUCGAUCUCAAUGGUCGGUACUUUGGGGGACGAGUGGUUCACGCAACCUUUUAUGAUGAAGAACGGUUCAGUAAGAACGAAUUGGCUCCUAUGCCAGGUGAAAUACCUGGUUUCUAACAGGUAGCAUUUUCCUUUUCUCAAUGGCAGCCUUGUUAAGCCAUUUAGGAAAUGCCAUGCCAGAUUUAGAAUUGGAUGUUUAUUAGGGGACAUGGGAGUAAAAGGCUUAAACCAUCACCAUGACUUAGUAUUUUUGGACGUCAAUUUAUAUGUUUUGUGUCUGGGCAAUGCGCGAGAUUUUCUUGUAGUGGGGAAAGGUCGUUUGAUGAGGGAUUGAUUAUCAUUUUGGUUGUCAAGCGUCACUUAAAAGACGUUGACCAAAUAUGAUUUUCUUUUGAACCAUCAAUCUUGGGACUUUUUAUGGGCACUUCUGUCGUACAGUCUGUCGUGCUCAAAAGCUUCAUCGCUCUUUUUAAUUGCAAAUGGCACCUAUUUCUGCAAUUAUGGUUCUAA